UCCUCCUCUUUCCUGGGCAGCUCACUCCUGUAUGCAUCAACCCUCAUCCUUGUGGGGAGCCAUCUCCCUGUUCACUUGGCAUCAGCUUCCCCUCUCUCUGAAUUGACCUGAAAUUUUCCCUUUUACCUUCCACUGGUGGGUAACCCUGUGCAUGAUGAGAUUUUGGCAGCAGAGGUGAAGGAAAGGCCUGGGAGUAAGUCCUACUCGCAUUCUACCCUACGGCGGCCCUCCCCUUCUUUAUCCUGUCUCUUGGUGAUGUGGCUUGGGCAGCCCUCUCUCACCUUCUCUGUUGUGGUCUGGAUAGAACUGUGGUGGGCCAGGGAGAAUUUUUGCAUUCCUUGUCUCUACCCUGCUUGGUACAGAGUCGGAGGCAGAGGCCCUUUAUGGUGGGGCCCUUUGGAAAUGAGGUUUUGCUGUGCUUUGUCGGAUGCCCCUGGCAAGAUUGGUAAUUACAGACAUAACAGCCGGGAACUGGUUUGAGAGAAGCAGGCUUCGAAUCAGCAGACCUGAGGAUAUCCUGGAGCGUCGCUGGAUUUUCUCUGAGACAAGCCCACCCGUCCAGCAAAAUAGAGUCCCUCAGGGUGACAGUUGACUUCCUGAAGGUGCCUCUUGGCCUAAAGAAGCCGGUGCUGAAGGAGGUGGCUGUGGGGCCCCCCAAGAGGCCCCAGCCUGCGGCCCUGGAGCGCUACAAGGCGCGGCGUUCAGACGCCAUGGACACCGAGUCCCAGUACUCAGGCUAUUCCUACAAGUCGGGCCACUCCCGCAGCUCCCGCAAGCACAGGGACCGCCGGGACCGACACCGCUCUAAGAGUCGAGAUGGGAGCCGAGGGGACAAGUCGGUGACAAUCCAGGCUCCCGGGGAGCCCCUGCUGGACAAUGAGUCCACACGAGGGGAUGAGCGGGAUGACAACUGGGGGGAAACGACGACAGUAGUAACGGGCACCUCAGAGCACAGCAUCUCCCACGAUGACCUCACACGCAUCGCCAAGGACAUGGAGGACAGUGUCCCUCUGGACUGCUCCCGUCACCUGGGUGUGGCGGCGGGGGCCACCCUGGCACUGCUGUCUUUCCUCACGCCGCUGGCCUUCCUGCUGCUGCCCCCACUGCUGUGGCGGGAGGAGCUGGAGCCUUGCGGGACGGCCUGCGAGGGCCUCUUCAUCUCCGUGGCCUUCAAGCUGCUCAUCCUGCUGCUGGGCAGCUGGGCUCUGUUCUUCCGCCGGCCCAAGGCCUCGCUGCCCCGCGUCUUUGUGCUGCGCGCCCUGCUUAUGGUGCUGGUUUUCCUGCUCGUGGUCUCCUACUGGCUCUUCUAUGGUGUGCGCAUCCUGGAUGCUCGGGAGCGCAGCUACCAGGGUGUGGUGCAGUUCGCGGUGUCGCUGGUGGACGCCCUUCUUUUCGUGCAUUACCUGGCCGUGGUCCUGCUGGAGCUGCGCCAGCUCCAGCCUCAGUUCACGCUCAAGGUCGUGCGCUCCACCGACGGCGCCAGCCGCUUCUACAAUGUUGGCCAUCUCAGCAUCCAGCGUGUGGCAGUGUGGAUCCUGGAGAAGUAUUACCAUGACUUCCCUGUCUACAACCCUGCCCUCCUCAACCUGCCCAAGUCCGUCCUGGCCAAGAAAGUGUCUGGCUUCAAGGUGUAUUCCCUCGGAGAGGAAAACAGCACCAACAACUCCACUGGCCAGUCUCGGGCUGUGAUCGCAGCGGCAGCUCGGAGGCGGGACAACAGUCACAAUGAGUACUACUAUGAGGAGGCUGAGCAUGAGCGAAGGGUGCGCAAGAGGAGGGCCAGGCUUGUAGUGGCAGUGGAGGAGGCCUUCACUCACAUUAAGCGGCUGCAGGAAGAGGAGCAGAAGAACCCCAGGGAGGUGAUGGACCCCCGGGAGGCAGCCCAAGCCAUCUUCGCAUCCAUGGCCCGUGCCAUGCAGAAGUACCUUCGGACCACCAAGCAGCAGCCCUACCACACCAUGGAGAGCAUCCUGCAGCACCUUGAAUUCUGCAUCACGCAUGACAUGACGCCCAAGGCCUUCUUGGAGCGAUACUUGGCAGCUGGACCUACCAUCCAGUACCACAAGGAACGCUGGCUGGCCAAACAGUGGACAUUGGUGAGCGAGGAGCCAGUGACCAACGGGCUCAAGGAUGGCAUCAUUUUCCUCUUAAAACGCCAGGACUUCAGCCUGGUGGUCAGCACCAAGAAGGUCCCAUUCUUCAAACUCUCCGAGGAAUUUGUGGAUCCCAAGUCGCACAAGUUUGUCAUGAGGCUGCAGUCUGAGACCUCAGUGUGACUGUGCAACAGCAGGGGGAGUGGGAAACUCGGGGGCUCCUGAGGGGGUGGGAGGGGGCUUGGUUCUCAGGCCCAGCCACAUUCCUGCCACCCUUCUUCUUGCUCUUUCUUUUUUUUUUUUUACUUGAAUUAACGUACCCCCACCUUCUCUCCUUGCUUCUUCCUUAUUUUACCCCAUGUGAACCUGGAGAGACCAUCCUGCUGUCAACAGUACCUGGGAAGGACCCCCCUGCACCCCCAGUAACUUUUGUAUUACUCUAGGCCUGCAGGAAUCAGUGCCUCUCUCCUUCUUUCCCUAGUCUUUUCCCAGAUUACAGUCUCUCCUGAAAUGGCACAGGCCCUGCUGAUUGUACCUUCCCCUCCUGAGCCCCGACUCACAAACCCAAGUUCUUACAGCAUUUCUCUUCAGUGGCCCAACAGGGUUUCUCUGGGGCACAUGGACAUGACUCUGGAGAGCCACAGUGCCAAACUCCUCCAGGGCAGCAACUGGCCCUCCUGUCCCUCACCCCAGUCACAACAAACCCUGGGUUCUAGAGCAGGGAUACUCCUGCCACGCAGCCCGAGUUAGAAAUCUCCUUGCUAGGAGCAUUUGCUUCCACAUAUAUUUAGAGCAAAGAAGGAUCCCAUCCCUUUCCCAGAAAUCUCCACCUAAUGUUUUUGGUUUGUAUGGUCAUGUGACCAUAGGCAAACAAGUGGAAACCCUCUGUGACCACUAUUCCAGGGACUUAGGGGAAGGUACCUUUCUUCCAAUGUGUCUUUCCUAGGUAGCCCCUGAGGAGGAGGGCUGAAUAGAUCCCUGAGGUUUUGGAGAGACCCCCAUCACUGACUCCUGCUCCCUGACCCUACCCUCACUUUCGUCCCCGCUCUUCCCAGUGAAGGAUGGUAUGUAGACUCCUGUACAGACUUAGUGGCUUGCACACCCUGACCUGGCCCCUGUGGUCUUAGACAAAUGUUUUUAUUUUAUUUUAUUUUUUUUUUUUUUUUUUGAGACGGAGUCUCGCUCUGUCACCCAGGCUGGAGUGCAGUGGCGCGAUCUCGGCUCACUGCAAGCUCCGCCUCCCGGGUUCACGCCAUUCUCCUGCCUCAGCCUCUCCGAGUAGCUGGGACUACAGGCGCCCGCCACCACGCCCGGCUAAUUUUUUGUAUUUUUAGUAGAGACGGGGUUUCACCGUGGUCUCGAUCUCCUGACCUCGUGAUCCGCCCGCCUCGGCCUCCCAAAGUGCUGGGAUUACAAGCGUGAGCCACCGCGCCGGGCCCAAAUGUUUUUAUUUUUGUCACCAGCCACCCCUGUCCUGCUGCCUUCUCUCGACUCCAGAGACCUGUUGCCUCAUCUCUUUUGGGGAAGAGCCGGCAGCUCCUCCUCAUCCCCUGCCUUAAGUCCAGUUCUUUGCCUCAGGGGUCUUGUUUCCUUGGCCUUCCAGGGUCCCCACCGCUUUUCUCCCUGCCUGAUUCUCUGAGCUCUGGGCUCCGUCUGUGUUGGGUUGAGGGACAAGGAUUACUGCCUUUUGUAGGUACUUCACCCCUCACCCCAUUUUAGCUUCCAUAGUCUUUGCACCAAAUCCAAAUUUUUGAUAAUUUAAAUCUCAUUUUGGGCAAAAUUUGCUGGCCAUCUAAUAAAUAUUUUCAAUAUAAAUCUGAGACUUUGACUCAGACAUUUUUGCCAAGGAGAAUAGAUUAGGAAGUACCCGUAUGCAUCCAGCCAGGAUCCACAUGGAGGACCUUUCCGAUGGCUGCAAUGACUAGGCCAUUCCUGUGAGUAACUCACAGUGUCCCUUUGUAGGCCUUUCUUUUCCCUGAAAGACUCGUUGGUACUUACCUUGCAGAGCACAUCCUGGGAUAAGAUCCCUAGAGUCUCACCUGGGAGUCUCCCCCUCUGUGUAGCGCCAGCCCUGGGAAUGAUGGAGCCUAGUGAUCGGGGUUUCUCCUGCUGUCCUUUCUGCAAAAGUUCACUUGUUCACCCACCACAUGCUAGAGAGGGGCUUAUUGGCCAAUGCUUACCUUGUCCCCAAAGGGGUGGGUUGUGGAGCUCACUUAGGCAGGGCCUCUGGCUGGGGCCAGGGUUACGAGAUAGGCCUGUAUGAAAUACGUCCUGUUCUGGGGGUCUGUCUCUUUUCUUCUCUUCAAAAACUUUGUGUCAGAGGAGUCCCUUCUGAGUCACAUAAAUACCUCACUAUCCUGGAAAACAGGGCCUGGAUGGUGACUGGGGUCAUUGCCUUUGUGGACAGGAUGGAGUGUGGUGUGGUCUGAGGAACAGGUUGGGGUGAGGGAGAGGGAAAGGAUUUGGGAUCUUAGUUGCUGCCCUAGGUUAGGGGCUGGGGAGUGUUUAUUUUAAGAUCCUGCCAUGAUUUUAAUCACUGUGAUUUUUUUUCAUUCCCCUUUCCUAAAAAAAAAAGAAUUUUUUCCUCCAACUCUCUAAGCACUAAGGGCUGUGCCUGAGAAUGGUAGCAUUUUGGUCUUUUGCUUCAGAACUGUGGUAUCUUUAUCUUCUUUCAUUAUUAUUAUUAUUAUUAUUAUUGCUAUUGUUUUUUAAAAUGUCAGGAUGAAUUGUCAGACAUAUGGCCAUGUGUCUGUCCUCUGCUUCUCCUCUGUGGGAAGUUGUCUCCAUGCUGUGAACUGCUGUGGGGUGUGCAGCUGAUUCAGUCCCUCUGAGCAGUUUCCCCACCGUGUCUGUCCCAUCAUGCGCUGGAUCUGCUCAUUCUCCUGCUGUGGGGGUGUGCCCACCUCUUACCCCCUUGACACCAUAGGGCUGCUGUGGCUGGGCCUCGCCAGCACUGUCAUUUGUGUGACUCAUGGCAUCCUCGUACAUCCCCACCGUGCCUAGCAGGCCUUCCUUUUCACCACCUUGGAACGCUUGCCUUUCCUCCCUCCACACCAGGACGCUGUGCCUCAGUCCUUCACCUGCCUCGCCACUCUGCCACCGUCCCCGUUGGUCCUUUCUCCUAAACUGGUCUUUGUGCUCUCUUUGUUUUUUCUUGUUUAUUUCCCUCUUGUCUCUCAUCUUUUCUUCCCAUUCCCCUCCCAUUUCAGCCCUUAACUUUUCUCUUUCCCAUCUCCACUCAGUAUUCCAAUGGCAAACCCUGAUGUAACACCUGUGAUGAGACAUCGGACUCUCCAGAACUUUCUCAUCUGACACGUCUUUUUCCCAGGGUUCGUACUUCUCUUCUCCUCCAUUGGUCCCAGGUGAACACCCCUGUUCUUCUGUGGUGUCUGUCAGUCUGUCUGUCUUCUCCUUCCUCUGCCCUUCCCACGGGGCAGUAUCUGCUGAUGGAUUCAGUCCUGGUGUGUGAUUGUUGUGAUUUGUUCUUCUGUGCGCAAAAGGAAGAGGGCUUUUUGAGUCCCUUCCAAGUGAGAUUGUAAAUGUAGAAUUUUCCACUGUUGGAUCUAGAUUUUUUUUUCUUUUUUUUGGGGGGGGUUACAGAGCUGAGACCUUGUGCAUGCAUGUAGAAAAUUGUAAAAUGUAAAUUUUUUUUAAUAUAUAAAGAGCUUGUUUCUACAGUUUGCAGUGGAUCUAAACAGUACAGCAAUUUUAGGGUUUUUUUCUUAAACAUAGGAACUAAAACUGUACAAAUUUUUUUUAUAUAAAAUAAAGACAUUUGACUUUUG